AUGACUGCUGAACAAUUUGAUUUUUCUAGCCAUUCUCAUAGACGUUACAACCCGCUUACCGACUCGUGGAUUUUAGUUUCUCCACACAGGGCUAAGAGACCUUGGUUGGGUCAACAGGAGGCUGCUUACAAGCCCACAGCUCCGCUAUAUGAUCCGAAAUGUUACCUGUGUCCUGGUAACAAAAGAGCUACUGGUAACCAAAACCCAAAAUAUGAAUCAACGUAUAUUUUCCCCAACGAUUACGCUGCUGUUAAGCUCGACCAGCCUUCCUUACCGCAGGCUAAUUCAGAUGAAGAUAAUCUGAAAAAUAGGUUACUCAAAGUACAAUCUGUGAGAGGCAAUUGCUUCGUUAUAUGUUUUAGUCCUAAACAUAAUCUAACCAUUCCACAAAUGAAACAAUCUGACCUGGUUCAUAUUAUUAAUGCCUGGCAAGGCUUGUAUAACGAUCUCACUAGAGAAGCUAGAGAAAAUCAUAAGCCUUUCAAAUAUGUGCAAAUAUUUGAAAACAAAGGCACAGCCAUGGGUUGUUCCAACUUACAUCCACAUGGACAAGCUUGGUGCUUAGAAUCGAUUCCUAGUGAAGUUUCGCAAGAAUUGAAAUCUUUUGACAAAUAUAAACGUGAACACAAUGCUGAUUUGUUUGCUGAUUAUGUUGAAUUGGAAUCCGAAGAAAAGUCAAGAGUCGUAGUGGAGAAUGAAUCUUUUAUAGUUGUUGUUCCAUACUGGGCUAUUUGGCCAUUUGAGACCAUGGUAGUUUCAAAGAAGAAGAUUGCCUCAAUUGGCCAAUUUGAUCAAACAGUGAAGGAGGACCUUGCUUCAAUUCUGAAGCAAUUAACUAUCAAGUAUGAUAACUUAUUUGAAACAAGCUUCCCAUACUCUAUGGGUAUUCAUCAGGCUCCUUUGAAUGCGACUGGUGAUGAACUAAACAACAGUUGGUUUCACAUGCAUUUCUACCCACCGUUGUUGAGAUCAGCCACUGUUAGAAAAUUUUUGGUCGGUUUUGAGUUGUUAGGUGAGCCCCAAAGAGACUUAACUCCAGAACAGGCUGCUGAAAAAUUAAGAAAGUUGGAUGGUACGAUUCAUUAUUUAGAAAAGUUGUGA